UUUUUAUUGAAGGUCGGCGUUCGAGGAAAAGACAUUGUUGUUCUUGGUGUGGAGAAGAAGUCAGUGGCCAAACUGCAGGAUGAAAGAACCGUGCGGAAGAUCUGCGCUCUGGACGACAACGUCUGCAUGGCAUUCGCGGGCCUCACCGCUGAUGCACGGAUAGUCAUCAACAGGGCCCGGGUGGAGUGCCAGAGCCAUCGGCUGACCGUGGAGGACCCGGUCACUGUGGAGUACAUCACUCGCUACAUCGCCAGUCUGAAGCAGCGCUACACGCAGAGCAAUGGGCGCAGGCCGUUUGGCAUCUCUGCCCUCAUUGUGGGUUUUGACUUUGAUGGCACCCCCAGACUCUAUCAGACUGACCCCUCAGGCACAUACCAUGCCUGGAAGGCCAAUGCCAUAGGGCGGGGUGCCAAGUCAGUGCGUGAAUUUCUAGAGAAGAAUUAUACUGACGAAGCCAUCGAAACAGACGAUCUGACCAUUAAGCUGGUUAUCAAGGCCCUCCUGGAAGUGGUUCAGUCAGGCGGCAAAAACAUUGAACUUGCUGUCAUGAGGCGAGAUCAGCCCCUCAAGAUUUUAAAUCCUGAAGAAAUUGAGAAAUACGUUGCUGAAAUUGAAAAAGAAAAAGAAGAAAACGAAAAAAAGAAACAAAAGAAAGCAUCAUGAUGAAUGAAAUCUUACUUGUAUUGGUUUUUAAUUCAAAUCAUGGAUGAUUUUCAGAAUGACAUGUAGGCAUUUCCAUUCCAUUUAUCCAUACUGUCCAAGUGUCCUACAGUAAACUUCCAUAUUUUUUAACCUUU